GGCCUCGUUAGGUUAGGUUACAAAACUUUUUACUCAUAAGGCCAUCUAUGGUUGGUUGGAUAUUUCACUAUUUAACAAGUUCUUUACAUCCAAACCCUAAAAAACUUCAUUGGCAAAUAUUUUCUGCAGUAUUUGGUACUAUAAACAACAGACCCACGGAUUGAUUCUUCCCCAGAGCACUUGAUAGAGUUUUGCUAGACAAACAAAAGGGUGACACAUUCAGCUCAUCUUGACAUGGCAGGCCAGAAGAAUAACUUCGGGAAGAGAAUGCAAUCGGAAUCCGACUAUUCUAGGAGUGAUGGAAGUAAGAGAAGGACUCCAACUGAUGAAAAAGAAUCAAAUUCCAUUGGACCAGAGGAUACUGUUUUCCGUUAUUUAUGCCCCACAGGAAAAAUUGGAAGUAUCAUUGGAGUUGGUGGGGACAUUGCAAAACAAUUGAGGACUGAAACUAAUUCAAAGAUUAGGAUUAGUGAGACCAUACCUGGCUGCGAGGAGCGUGUGGUAACUAUUUAUAGUGGAAGUGAAGAAACUAAUGUCUCUGAAGAUACUGGUGACCUGAUUUCACCUGCUCAAGAUGCUCUAUUCAGGGUGCAUGACAGAGUCCUUGCUGAAGAGCUGCGUAUGGAUGAAGAUCUGGAGGAUCAUCAGCAGAUUACUGUACGGAUGCUUGUCCCAUCAGAUCAAAUAGGUUGUGUGAUAGGGAAAGGUGGACAAGUGAUCCAGAAUUUACGAAGUGAAACAGGUGCGCAGAUUCGGGUCUUAAGCAGUGAGCACUUGCCACCUUGUGCUCUAAACUCCGAUGAGCUUCUCCAGAUAACCGGUGAAGGUGCAGUUGUUAAGAAAGCACUUUAUCAAGUAGCAGCACGCCUCCAUGAUAAUCCAUCGCGGUCCCAACAUCAAUUGCUGUCGUCACCCAGCAUAUAUAGGUCUGGUGCUGGACUUGUUAAUCCUCAUGCUGGUACCCAAGUCAUGGGUGUGACAUCAUUGAUGGGUCCUUAUGUAAGUUACAAAAAUGAUGGUAGAAGCCGAUCUUCUUCUGUAAAAGAGUUUGCUGUUCGUUUGGUUUGUCCAACUGAAAAUGUAGGAGCUGUAAUUGGCAAAGGUGGAGGCAUUAUCAAACAGAUAAGACAGGAAUCAGGUGCAUCUAUUAAAGUCGAUAGUGCUGCGGCUGAGGGGGAUGAUUGCAUUAUAUUUGUAUCAGCAAAGGAGGCAUCUGAAGAUCAAUCUCCUACCAUUGAUGCAACAAUGCGUUUGCAACCAAGAAGUAGUGAGAAAACUGAAAAAGAAUCGGGUGAUGCCAUUCUUACGACUCGCCUGCUUGUACCUAGUUCACGAGUUGGAUGCCUUAUUGGUAAAGGUGGUUCCAUUAUCAAUGAGAUGCGGAAUACCACAAGGGCAAGCAUCCGCAUUCUUUCAAAGGAAAAUCUUCCCAAAGUGGCAUCCGCAGAUGACGAGAUGGUGCAGAUUACUGGAGAUGCUAAUGUUGCUGGCAAUGCGUUAUUGCAAGUACUUAUGCGGUUGAGGGCCAAUACAUUUGAGAUGGAGGGAGCUUUUCCUGCAUUUUCUCCUGGCCUUUCUUAUGUCCCCAUGUCUGCAAGCGUCCCUGAUGGCUCAAGAUAUGGCAAUCGUGAUAAUAGAUCACGUCGGCAUGGUUAUUCUUCUUAUUCAGGUGGACAUGAUUACAAUGAUUUGUCUCCAAAUGAUAGUUAUGGUGGCUCACAGGUUGGUGGUGGAGGUAGUUAUGCACCAUAUGGCGUUUAUUCCUCUGGGCGACCUAGUAGUGCAGGGGUUUCCAGCCAUAACCCUUCUACCUAUGGGAAAUCUUAUGGUGGAUACUAGGGUGUAGAGGGUUGUUAGCAGCUGGAGCUUUCCAGUUGUUGAACAAAAGUUCAAGAAAGUCAGGUUUCUGCAUUUCAGGAGGUAAAAAUGUAAUCAUCUCAUAUUUAUCGAUCCCUUGUCCACUUUUGCUUGUAGUGGUCUUGUAUAUGACAUGAUUCCCGCUAUUGGGUUCUAUCCUCGUGAAUGAAGCCCAUCUGUUAGUUGCUCACACAGAGCUUUUAAGAGAUCAAGCAAUAGCUAAUUAUGAUAAAAAAUUCACGUUCACGUUUGUAUGCUAUGGUAUACACUAAGAAGGCAGAUUUCUACUGGAGCAGUGUUAAUUUUCUUCUCUUGCUUCUCUAGGGUAAGAGAUACUUGAGAUUGAGAAUUACUUUUCAGAUCGUUGAGGCAUGAAUAUGCUUUCAGCGCUUUGCUAUAUGUGGUAAACCUGUGUCUUUAUCUUGUAAAUACUCAUGCUGCUUUGGCCUUAAAUGAAAUGAUGGUGUUCCUUUGGCCUUAAGGAAAUGAUGGUGUUGGUCACUGCUUGAUGUCUGAUCAUUUUAUGUGAUCGAUUCUGCAGGAUUGAUAGAAAAUUUAGUUCUUAUGAUAAAUUCCUACUAAGGUAAGUAACUUCCCUUUUUCCAAAUGUUAAUUUUUUCACCGCUAGACAGAUAAUAUGAUUUUGGUAUGAACUCAUACAACUGCAAGCAUUUCAGGAGGAAAGAAAGCGGGUGGGAUCAGUUAAGAGUCAUCAAGAGCAUUUUGAUGCUUCUAGUAAUGAUUAUGGAGCCGUAUCACACAUGUAUUGACAGCCGCUUUUUGCCCUUUGAAGGGCUUCAUGAAGCUUAGACUAAUGAAUUACUGGGGGUUCUGUGUCUACUACUGUUUCUUUCAUCAACUUUUAUUCAUUAUUUGAGCAUGGAUUCUCUUUGCUUCACUCUGUUUAUUUAGAGUUCUGCACUGUACUUUCAUAGCUGGUCCAGUUUCUUAUAUUGUGUUUGGAAUUAAUGCAGCAUUGACAAGACUA